CCAGCUGUUGAUUUAUUUACUGACACAAACAUAAUGUGGAUCAGAUGCAUAUGAAUUAUUACUGUUAUUGAAAUAAUAAGAUAAAACAUUAAUAUAACGGUUGUAGACAUUUUUACUGUAACACAACCACGGUGUGCUAACGACAGCGCGGAACACUCGCAACACGCCUGUGGCAACAGCCCGGACGCAGUUUAGUGUUGCACCACAUUUGUUUUGUUUACGGAUGCCGGGAAGCUAACUUGAGUUAGCCACUAACUUAUAGCCACGGGGUGUUUUUAAAAACAAGCAGCUGAUCGAUUGAGAUUAAAACAGAAUGAAACCUGCGGUGGACGAGAUGUUUCCCGAGGGAGCGGGUCCCUACGUGGACCUGGACGAGGCAGGAGGCAGCAGCGGUCUGCUAAUGGACCUGGCAGCCAAUGAAAAAGCAGUUCACUCGGAUUUCUUUAAUGAUUUUGAAGAUCUUUUCGACGACGAUGACCUGCAGUGACGACAACACCAGAACACCUGCGUGAUCGUGUAUAUAUCAAAAAAAGAUUUGUGUAGAAUUCUAAAUAGGAGCUUUCUCUUAUAUGUACAGCCCCCCCCCCCUCCUAUAUGUGAGUCACCAGCUUUCUGAAAUAAAGUCUUUUUGUUUUUACAAAAAAAAAAAAAGACGACAAGCUGUCAUGGUGAACCAGGUGUCUACGCUGAAUUCUAAGAAUCCCACACAUUCCGGCCGCCGAGAAAAUUAUGAGUAUGGUUUUGGCGUCGUCGUGUUCGAAUCUGCUCGGGACCUGGAUUGUAGGUUUGCUGGCUCUGAGAAACACCUGUUUGCAAACGUAAUUACAUACGAGAUAAAGUGUUAACAUGACCAGUAAAUGUUCAGCCGGGGCACGACGGGACCAAACAGGACAGGGCUGCGAAAAAUGUGGAAAUGCUUAGAAAAAAAGGGAGAAGAAAAUAAAGAAGAACUAUUGAAGUCAAAUAUCAUUGAUAGUGGAAAUGGAAAUGCUCAGAUUUUACUUAAUGUCUUUGCACUGUCCGUCAGAUGAAUCGUGCAGUUUUAGAUUUUGAAGCAGUCGGCAAGUGUCGGUGUAAAAGAGAAAAGAUCAAGAAAAUGAUAAAGCACAACGUGGAAAUGACACCAACACUCUGCUUCAUACAGAGCAUCAGUGAAGUGAACGACUCCAAAGCUGUAAAAGCUGUUUGUCCCAGAGGUGUCGGACGAGGUUGAGGUCAGACACUCACCAAACUGUGAAAACCAUUUCUCUAGUCGAGUUAAAAAAAAAGAAAAAUCCCAGACGUCUGU